AUGCAGGUCCUGACAGCUCAAUUGCUCCUGGCCAGCAGCCUUGCCCAGGCGACCGUGGCCUGGCACGAGCAAAUCCCGCUGGGCGGCGUGCCGGAAAUCUUACCUGUCGUCGACAAGGCACUCUCAUAUCGUGACGAUCUUGUGUCUCUCCACAAGUCUCUCGUCGACAUCCAGUCCAUUAGCUUCGACGAGAGCGAGGUCGGCCAGUUUCUUGUCGACUAUCUCACCGAGCGCGACUUUGUCGUGUAUAAGCAGUUCCUCCCCACGUCAAACAAAACCGCCAGUGGCCCCUCUGAGGACGACAAGGCGCGCUUCAACGUGGUCGCCUGGCCUGGCUCACGCGGCCCGCGGCCGUUUCCCAAGGUCCUUGUGACCAGCCACAUCGACACUGUCCCCCCGUUCAUUCCAUAUUUGCGGUCCGACCACGGCCGUGCCAUCAACGGGGAGACGGUCAUCGCCGGCCGCGGCAGCGUGGACGCGAAAGCCAGCGUGGCCGCGCAGAUCAUUGCGGUGUUCGAGCUGCUCGAAGCUGAGGAGAUCGAGCGCGAAGAUGACGUCAUGCUGCUCUUCGUCGUCGGCGAGGAGCGGAGCGGCGACGGCAUGCGCGUCUUCUCGGACGCCGUCGCGAGGCGAGAUCCGCCGCUCGAGUUGCGCGCGGCCAUCUUUGGCGAGCCGACCGAGGGCAAGCUCGCGUGCGGGCACAAGGGGUUCUUUGACUGCGAGAUCACCGUGCACGGCAAGGCCGGGCACAGCGGGUAUCCAUGGCUCGGCAAGAGUGCAAACGAGGUGCUCAUGCGCGCGCUCACCAAGGUUCUUGACACAGAUCUCGGGAGCAGCGAAGAGUAUGGUAACACGACGGUCAACGUCGGACUGCUUCAGGGCGGCGUGGCGCCAAACGUCAUCCCCGAGAAGGCCACGAGCAAGAUUGCCGGCCGUGUGGCGAUUGGGCCGCAGGACGGGGGCAGUCAGAUUGUGGUGGAUCGCUUGAUCGACGUGCUCAAGAGCGUCGACGAGGAAGGGAUCGAGUACCAGUGCUACACCGGUUAUGGUGUGGUCAAGUGCGAAUGCGAUGUGGACGGCUUCGAGACUGCCGUGAUGAACUAUGGUACCGAUGUAGCAAAUUUUCGCGGCACCCACACCAAAUACCUGUAUGGGCCUGGCUCGAUUCUGGUUGCCCACGGCCCGGAUGAGGCGCUCAAGCUCAAAGAUAUGGAGGAUGCGGUGGAAGGUUACAAGAAGUUGAUUCUGCACGCGCUAGGUAACUGA